AUGACGGAUCUCGACGCCCCAAGUCUGCGCCGACGCCACGUCCAGAACCCACAGCCAGUCGCCGCCGAGCGCACACCGCCACAAGCACCUGCACGAGCUCCACCACAUCGGAAAGGCUUUGUUGAGCUGCUUCUGUCGCCCCUGAGCUUCGUCUUGGGCGACGGCGAGCCGGAAGAUCCACAGACCGCGGCGCGGAAUUUCACGCACCGUCUGCGUCGACGCUAUGGGGACGACGUGACGCCAGGAUUCGAGCACACGUCGUUCCGUGAUGCCGUGUCGACGGCCCGGACCGCGUCCAAGUUCUUGCUGGUGUUCUUACACUCGAACAUCCAUGACGACGCCGCGGUGUUUUGCCGACAAGCUAUGUGCACCGCGCGGAUGCGCACGUACUUGAACAAUAGCGACUGUAUUGUGGCGUGGGCUGGGUGUGUGCAGUAUGCGGAGGGCUUUGGUGUGAGUUUGUCGCUUGGAUGCGCUUCGUUUCCAUUUGUGGCGCUGCUGUCGUGUGUCUCGCGAGGGAUUAACGUUGUCGAGAAGAUUACGGCCAACUUACCAGCGGAAGCGUUGAUUGAGAAACUGAAUGCAGCUGUCGAGCGCAAUAAUCAGAUCUUGACGACGGCGCGUCGCAUUCGCCAACAACGGAGCGAGGCGCAAAUAUUACGGGAACAACAAGAUGUCGAGUAUCAAGAGUCGUUGGCAGCAGACCGUCGUCGAGAGCAAGAGGCUCGAGAACGGGCGGAGUUGGAGGAGCUGGAGCGACUGCAGAAGGAGGAGGAAGAGCGACUUGCUGAGCUAACCGUCCGUCGUGCUGAAGAGGACCGGCUUCGCCAGGAACAAGAGUACAAGGUCGCAAUUGAAGCAAAGCGGGCCCAAAUUGCUGACGGCCCCAAGUCACGUACCCCACCGCCAGGUGCAGGCUAUAAGACCGCGGUGAUCAAGUUCCAUCUACACAAUGGCACGCGCUUGGAACACAUUUUCUACGCGCACGACACGCUGAAGAGUGUGCGUGACUUUAUUGAUGUGGCGUUCUAUGACCGCGAGAUCCCAAUCCAAAAUUACGAGCUGGCCACGAACUUUCCAAAACGAGUGUAUGGCCCGGAACUACUGGCUGUCACCCUCGCUGAUGCUGGACUUGCGCCGCAGGCGCUCGUGUUCGUGCAAGAUCUCGACUCGUAG